AUGCCUCAUGCAAUCGACAACACCCACUACCAGCUCCCGAUCAUACUCUGUCUCCAUGGUCAUGGCACCUCUGCAGCCAUAUUCGAGGCCCAAACGCGUAACAUCCGCCUUGCGCUGAGGACCCAGUUUAAGUUUGUCUAUAUUGAUGCCCCUUACCUCUCGAAUCCGGGACCUGGCGUCAUGCCCACAUUUGCAGAUUCGGGGCCGUACUACAGCUGGUUCCACGAUACUGCCACCGGAAAGAUCCCCCAAACAACGAUGGCCGCUGGCCUAUCGGGCGUGGGCAAAUACGUCGCAGCCGCGCUUAAGGCGAAGGGCAUCCGCACAUCGGAUGUUGUUGCCGUCAUGGGAUUCUCCCAAGGGACUGUCGUCGCAUCGUGUCUACUGCUGCAGUCCCAAUUCCGCGACGUCAGAUGGUCGGGUCUGCGCUUUGGGAUCAUGUUGUCAGGCGCUUGCCGCGACGAUCUCGUAACCGCCUUCACGGGACAGAAGCUGAAGGUGCAAACGGUACACGUCCAUGGCCUGCGGGAUCCCUACCUGGGCAGCAGUCGGAGGCUGGCUGCGGAGGUGUACCAUCCCAGCUGCGCCAAAGUGAUGGAGUUCGACGUCGGUCAUCACAUUCCAGCUGCAAAGUCAGAUCUCGACGUGCUUACCUCAUCCAUCAGGGAGAUGAACCGGCGGACCAAGGCGAAACAGACUCCACAGGCACCAAGAUCUGACUGUGGCUCUGCAUCUAUCGGUGUUUCAGGAGUGCAGCUCACCUCACGACUGGAUGCGCACAUCAACGCUGCUGACAUGGACUUUCAACCAAUUCAGAAAAGCCAACCUGCAAAUAAUUUUGCUCUAGCAAUCCCAAACACAACUUCCUCCCGCCUCAUAUACAUGUCUGGUCGAGGAGGUCUAGGUGGUGGCGGCGGUGGUGGUGGUGGAGGGUUUGGUGGGUUUGGUGGCGGUGGAGGCCGAGGUGGAGGUGGAGGUGGAGGAGGGUUUGGUGGCCAGGGCGGAAACCCCGGUCUCGCAGGCCUCCUUGGCGGCGGUGUCAAAAUGAUAGCUGGAGGUAUUGGCCUCGCGUCUGAGAGUAUCUCUGCCCGCAAGGAGAAGAAUAAGGCGAAGAAGGCGCGGGAAAAUGGCACCGAAUCGAGCAGUAGUGCCCCAACCCAAUACCAAGAGGAGGAUCAUGGCCACCGCGAUGUCGCUGAGGGGGACACUGUGGAAGAACAAUGGGAUCUGGACGAGGCACAGGACCAGCUUGUUGCCCGGCCAGAACCUACGCAGGGUGGUUACGCACCUUCCAUCGGUGAAGCCACCGAUUCCUUCCUACAAACCUAUGGCCGGCCCCCGUCAUAUACGGAAAUCGCCCCCGCCAGACUCCCACUUCCUGUGAUUCUUCCUCAGCGAAGACCGAAGGAUCGAACGCGGGGUUUUGUCAGAGCAUAUGCCCCGGUCCUUGAAACCGUGGGCAUCGACCAGCCGGCAUGGUUUGCUUUCCUUGAUAGCUUCGACAAGGCGACUGAAGCAUCCCCCUUGUUCCUAUACAUCAAUCUUGCUUCGAUUGCCACUACCUUCAUUCCCCAUGGUAUUGGAAUGGUAGUAUCAAUUGCUAUCACAAAAGCCGUCAAUGUUGCGAUGGAUAUCCAGAGCAGACAGCGGACAAACAAACAUUUGGACCGAAUCAAUAAUGAGUAUUUCAGACCUAAGAACCUGUUCUGCCUGGUCAUGACCUGGAGGCCCGAAUCCCUUGAGGAUAUGGGAACAGUCGACAUCUCAUCGACGAUUGCUUCCACUCAGAGCUACGACGAAAUGGGCACCCGCCGAAAGUUCAAGAACUCGAGCGCCACACAAUAUGGCACCUUAACCUUCCCAGAGACUGCACCCCUUAUCUACCCCGCUUUGGACAAAUUGGGUGACGAUAACAACGAAGAAGCUCUCAAGACAAAGGCGAAAUUAAAGAAAAAGAUGGGCUUUGUAGGAGACUAUUAUGAUAGACGGGCUACAGCAAAAUACCAAGGAAAAAACCCAGAUGCCCCCGAGGUCCUCAAGGGCCAAAAGCAGACUUUCAAGUCUCGAUAUGCUGAUCCAAACCAUGCUGCAAAUAGUGGCUCGCUCGUUUCCUUGGUCACAGGCGGCAAGAUCAAUCCCCCAUCACUAGGAGGGGGAGGGGGAGGCGGCUUUGGACGGGGCGGAGGAGGUAUGGGAGGUGGUUUUGGACGCGGUGGGGGAGGAGGAGGAAUGGGUGGCGGCUUUGGUGGCUUUGGUGGAGGUCGAGGCGGGUCAGGACAGCAACAACAAUUUUCUGGAAACGGAAACGCCUCACCAGAUGAGCAUCAACAGCAAGUCCCAAACAAUAGCAGCAAUAGGGGAGGUAUGGGCGGCAGUGGAAGGGGUGGAUUCAUGGGUAUGUCCGGUUUUGGAGGCGGGGGAUCGAACCCUAUAGCGAAGCUGUUGAAGAAGGAUGUCUUAUACCUCAUGGUUGUCAACAUGCCUUCUGCUGAGGAGAUAGCACAGGCUGAAGCUCUUGGCCAAGCCUCCAAUAACAACAUGAACCACAAGAUAAUGGGCACCUAA